AUGUUCGUCGCGACUAUCAAACUCUUCUCUUUCCUUGUAAACCCUGAGUUUUGGACCAGAACCAGCUUCUUCGUCGGCUACAUUCUCGCCUUCCUCCUUGUUCUAGAGGUCGUCCGUCUAGCAAGCACAGAUGCCAAUCGCAAAGAAGUGGAGAAGAUACUAGACGCGUAUGCCGCGUCAAGAAACGAUGUGCCUGUAAGAAGACGCUCAGAGGAAAUUGAGGCGAAGAAGGUGGUGCAGGUAUCUAUCGACGAACUGGAGGACAUGGGGAGAAGAAGUGUGGCAGCAGAGAAGGAAAGGACACAACAACUACAAGGAGCACGAGAACGGACACGUACACCUAGCCCUGCAGUGGCUCGGACGCCAGAAACCAAGCAUGGUGAGGAGAAGCGCAGACGUAGAGCGACGUCUACCUCUGUAUCUCCCCACACCUCUUCUCAAUCUUAUUCAAAUCCUCAGACCUCCUCCUCGAGUCCAACUCGCCGUCUAAGGAAGCGUAGCGAUACGCUCAACUCCUCCAGCAGCGCAGAAGUCAGAGGUGCUGCUACACGGAGACGCAGGGAAACUUCGCCUACAGAGACUAAGACUCGGGAGUCUAGGCAUGCGAGUCCGACGCCGAGAUCAAGAAGUAAAGAUGCGAAGAUCUUGGGUGGUUCGUUGGGGAAGAUGCUUAGGAGUAGGGGAUGGAGUUAA